CUGUGAUUCGCCGUAGGCUGGUCAGAUGUCAUGGAUGGAACGGUCUACCUGAUGCUAUCCGAGAACUGCUGGGAUUUGUAGUCCCGCGGCGGAACCUUUGAGCUUUGUUGCACCCGGACUUCUAUUGGUGGCGGACUGGACGCGAGGAGUAGCCCCAGCUGUGUAAGCAGUGCCAUGGUCAUGGAGGAGCAGGAGAUGCAGAUCAAGGUGAAGAAAGUUACGGACAAGUUCACUGAGAGCAUGUAUGUCCUUGCCAACGAGCCGUCUGUGGCUUUAUAUAGGCUUCAAGAACAUGUCCGCAGGUCUCUUCCGGAACUGGCACAGCACAAGGCAGAUAUGCAGAAUUGGGAAGAACAAAGUCAAGGCUCUGUAUAUACUGUGGAGUAUGCCUGCAGUGCCGUUAAAAGUAUGACGUUCAGCAGUGUGCACUUCAAGAGCAUUGACGGCCUACUAAAGCAAGCUAUCAAUCUAAAACAUCAGCUGAAUGCCGUCCAGAGCCGCAGGUAGCACAUAGGUGCUGUCUGCCUCUCCUACUGCCCUCCUGCACAGAAUCACAAGGCUGUGAAAGAAUUCUCUGUGCUGUCCGACUACAUUCCUGCACGUAUGCAUUUUGGACUUGUUAUACUGUAAAGGGUGCAGUGGUUCCAAAACAAAAUGAUGCACUGUAUAUUUAUGUAGGGACUUGUUUCAUAUGGCUCGUGUUGCUUCCAUGCCAUUUUGUGUUAUUUAUUUUAUUUUACACACUUAUAUAGCGCUGACAUAUUCCGCAGCGCUUUACAACAUUAGCAUCACGCUGUCGC